ACAAUAUGACAGCUUCUAGGGAUGUCUAAAUUUUGGGGAAUUAGGUUGGUCAUCAUGACUGGUUGUUAUGGCAACGUAAAUGUAUUUGAUAUCAAAUUGACAAUGAGUCAAGAAGAAAAAUAUAAUUCUCAAUUAUAUAUUGAGUCUAAAAGCGUAGUUUUAAUUGAGCACAUAGAAAAGUUAGCAAAUUUGUGUUUAUCGCAAGAUAAUCUUAUUGAUUCAUCAAAAAAAAUCGAAGAGAAUCAAAAAAUUGAGCGAAAUAAACCGGAAAUAACCACAAUAAGAUCGAUAGUUUAUGAAUCUUUAUCAAAAUCGAUCAAAUCUCAGCAAAAUAUGGAUAUUGAAAAAAGUUAUGUUCAAGAAUUAAUGAUUACGUCUCGUUCUACAAAGUUAGUUGAAAAAUAUUUUAGUAUUUGGAGGGCGAAAGUAAGAAAGAAAAAGCGACCUGAUACAGGAUUGAUUAAAAAGGAAAAAAUAAACAACUUUUUGGAGCGUUUAAAACAAACAACAGAACAAAAAAUUGCAGAACCAAACAAACUAACAACACAAUCAAAAAGUUCAAAUAAUUUAAGUUGUUACCAGAUUAAGACGUCAAACGAAACGUUUAAAAAUCGUCUAAAAUCACAACAAGACGUUAUUCAAAAUCAAAAAGCACAAAUAAACGAACAAAAUAAGUUAAUCGAAGAUCUACGUUUGGGAAUUAUUCAAGAGGAAACGACGAAAUCCUUAAACAACUCUCAUUAUGAAAUUAGGGAAAUUUUUCGGAGAUGUUCCGGUAGUGUUCGUUGUAAAAUCACACCGCCCGAAGCGAGUGAAAAUAAUGUUCACGUAAUUGAAUUAAGAUGUAGUAAACCGCCAAAGUUAUUUAGAGAAAUGGAGAAAAGAGCUGAAGAACGUUCGUUGAAACGACAAAUUAUUAAAGAACGGAAACGGGUUUUGGAUGAACGAAAACAAAUUUUAGCUGCCGAAGCUGUUGAAAGAAAAAAGACCGUCGAGGAGGAGGAACGAAAAAAAAAUUUAGAAAUGAUCAAAGAACGCAGACGACUUGAAAGUGAAACGAUUAAAAUUAAAGAAUUAAAGCGAAAGGAGUAUUUGGAAAAGAUUCAUAAAGCUAAUAAAUUCCAUAAUCGAAAGUUAAAAUUAAUGGUUUUUGAUGGGAUGAAAAAAAUGAUCAAAAUAAUGGAAGAAAAUUUUUUUAAAGCCGAGUUCUAUUACGAUAAUUGUGCAAAAAGAAAUUGUUUUUUAGCCUUAAAAAAAUACAGUAAUCAAAAGAUUUUUGAAAGGAAUUGUAAAGCUGAUGGGUUAUUUCAAUUUAAAGUUUUAAAAAAAUCUUUUCAAGCUUGGAAAGUCUUGAUUAUUAUGAAAAAACAAAGUUUACAAGUAGCUGAGGAUGUUUUUGAUAUGAAAUUACAAAGCAAAAUGUUUUUAAAAUGGAAACAAUUUUAUGAGUGGGAGCAAAUCAAUUAUUUUAAUAAGAGGGAAGUUGCUCAAAAACAUUUUGAAAGAAAAAUUUUAAUACAUCAUUUUUAUCUAUGGAAAUCUUUACCAGCCGUUAUUCAAUUAGAGAAAGCAAAGGAGGCAAAGAAACGGAAAUGGAGGGAAAAAGUUUGGGAAAUAAUUCCAGAUUAUAAACCAUAUGGAGAUGACUCACUAAUAGUUGCUUAACUUUUAUAAUAUUUCUUAUAUAAUUAUUUCAUAUUAAAAUCAUUAUCAAAGUCA